AUGUCGCAUCAAGCACUGCUCCUGCUCCUCUCGAUCGCCGACGUCGGCGCUCUCCGCACGCCGCUCAGCGCCUCGCGCCGCGCGGUCCUCGCCGGCGCGCUCGCUCUGCCUGCCUCGUCGCGGAGAGCAGUCGCGGACGACUCGUCAGACAUCGAGGUGUAUUUCGGCUGCGGCUGCUUUUGGCACGUGCAACACGAGUUUGUGAUGGCGGAGAAGAAGCUCUUGGGCCGCAGCGACCUGCAGAUCACAUCACGGGCUGGCUACGCUGGCGGCUCGGGCAUGCAAGACGGCAAGGUGUGCUACCACAACGCCGCACAGAUUUCGGACUACGGCUCGCUCGGCCACGCGGAGGUGGUGCGGCUCCGCAUCCCUCCCACCUCCUUCCGCGCCUUCGCCGAGGAGUACGUGAAACUCUUUGACAAGGACGGCAACCGGCCGGACCAGCUCGGCGACCGCGGCCUCGAGUACCGGAACGUCGUCGGCAUACCGGGCGGCGGCGGCUCACCGCUGGCGAAGGAGCUGGUUGAUGCGAGCCGAGAGAACGGCGACAAGCUCGACUUUGCGAAGGGCAAGGGCGGCGAUCCAGACGCGCGCGCCGUGGCAUUCGUCAUGGACACUAACUCGCACCCCUUCUACCUGGGCGAGCUGUACCAUCAGUUUCACGAUGGGUUCGCCUGGGGCGAGGACUACCCCGGCGAGUACAACGGCAUCACGAAGAAGCUGGUCAAGUCCAACAUGCUCGCAGACGCGGGCUGCCCGAAUGGAAUGCUCGGCGUCGGAAUCGCCGGACUAUGA